AUGGCGUCGCCAGCUCAGCAUAGUCGACCGAUCAUCUUGAUCGUCUGCCAUGCUCUCUCAGGGCACCUUGGCCCGCUCAUCCGCAUUGCAGAUGGACUGCAUGCUCGGCGUUGGCAACUGGCCUUCCUUGGGCCCACUGCACACCGCGCCCGCAUCGAGUCGACAGGAGCAGAGUUCUUCCCUCUAACCGGGGAUGCGGAUCUCAAUGACAGGCUGUACUAUGAACAACACGCACUGCCCGGUUAUGAUUCCCUGCAUUGGGUUGAGCGCGGCAAAAUUGACCUGAAGCUACAGUGCCUAGACCCCCUAGUCACCCAGUGGGAAAACUUCAAGUCUGCGCUUGCCAGCAUACAACACCGGGAUCCAGGACGACAGGUCAUCGUCGUUGCCGAAGCGUUUUUCCUAGGCAUAAUGCCGCUGAAGUAUGGUGCACCGCUGCCCUCUGGGAUCGCAGCGCCCAAGACGCUCUGUAUUUCCGUCACCGUGCCGGCCAUUAGAAGCAUUGAUCUGCCGCCCUUCGUCCAUCCGUUGCGGUUUGACCAGACACCAGUUGGCCGCGAACGCAAUAGACAGAUGUGGGAGAGGAGGGAGAAGAGUUCAAAGCCCCUAACCGAGCUCUUAGAUCAGAAAUUGAUUGAUGCUGGUGCGACGAAGACUGUGGGGGAACCGUUUCUUGCUGGGGCAAAUUAUAAAUGUCAUGCGAAAAUCAUACAGCUUGGAGUUCCUGGGUUUGAAUAUCCGCGGAGCGACUGGCCCUCUGGGUUCAAAUUCGCGGGCCUCGUCCAGGGAGCGCAUCAGGGCCCUUUGACACAAGACCCUCCGUUCCCAUGGUGGAACGAGCUGAAAACCAACUCAGCACUGCAACCGGCAGAUAAAGCGAGGAAGAAAGUAAUUCUUGUGGCCCAAGGGACAGUCGAAACAAAUCCGGAGGAUUUGAUCAUACCGACAAUACUGGCCCUCGCGGGCCGAGAUGACGCUCUCGUAAUUGCAGUCCUGGGCUGGAAAGACGCAAGGCUGUCCGACUUCAUCAAGGUACCGGACAAUGCUAGAGUGGCUGACUAUCUUUCAUAUGAUGCCGCUCUGGAACAUGCAGACGUAUGGGUUCACAAUGCCGGCUUUGGUGCUGUGAACCAUGGCAUCGCCCACGGAGUACCCAUGGUCGUAGCAGGGGAAGGAAUGGACAAGACAGAGAACGCAAGGCGUGUUGCGUGGUCGAAGAUUGGUAUUGAUCUCGAGACGGCAAAGCCUUCUGUAGAACAAGUGAAGAGUGGCAUCGAGAGAGUCCUCUGCGAAUCAAUUUUCAGAGAACAAAUCAGGGAGCUUCAGGAGCAGGCGGAGCAAAUCGACUGUAUAGGAGUGAUUCAUCAAGAGAUAUCGGGCAUGGUCUUUUAG